GUGUGUGUGUGUGUGUGUGUGUGUGUGUGCUGGCACUUUGACACCCAAACGCACUGUGCGCGCGCGCGCGCGCUCCCCGUCUUGCCGUACCGUUCCGCGCCGCGCCGCGCUUUGCCGCUCAUGUAUCCAAAGGGAAAGGCUUAACGGAUCGCAUGCAUGCAAGGCGGCGACGAACCCAGCUCAUUAAAAUCUCGUCUGCAGACCCUUCAGCCGGUCGCGCGCAUUACUACCACAGCUCCUCGCGCUGUUACCGGUGCCGCCGACGGCAGACCCCCAGAGCGCAGAGUGACACGCGCCAAAGGUGUGGAGGAGAGGGCAGCCGCUCGGUGCAAUGGAACCGAACCCAAACCUUUGAACGGUUCAGACACGCGCACAUACACACACUUUGGGGAGGAUAACGGCGAAAUGGCAAAAACGGGAAAGAUCUGAACUUUGGAGGAUCCGCUGUGAGGAUUAACGUAGAGCCCCAGAAUCUGUGAACGGAGCGGUGCGACGAGGGACGGGAUCACAGUUUGCAUCGGUGUGUCAAAGGGGUAGUAGUCACCAGAAUGGCGCGCGCUGACGGUCGUUUGGGGACCUGGCAGGUGCUGCUGACCAUCACUAUGGUCAUCAUCCCCCUGUCUGCUCACGGGAGGCAUUCACUGGCCAGGCGCCAUCAUCAUCACAACCAGUCAUCUAUCAACAAGGAGGCCUUGAACACCAGGAUGGUCCUCAGUGACGACUCAGCAGAGAGGGACCAUCUUAUUGGAGCAGGGCUCGGGCUCGGGGCUAAGCUCCCGCUGAGCUCCACCAAACAUCACCAUCCUCAUAAACAUGCCCACCUAGACUUCGCUGAGGAGGACCCACCUGUGGGGGAGGAGCUCACUGCCGGAGGGGCAGGUCCAGACCAGCCCGGAAACCCUUUAUCCGAUGACGUCAUUACCGUGGAGUUUCACAGCCCUGCACCAGAUAUUGUACCCUCUGACGUUGCUCUGGAUUGGGCCAAAGCCCCCAAACCCCAGAAGCAAAAAGGAGGUGACCCUACUGCAUGGACGCUUUCUGACUUUUAUGACUACCUGUCCCCUGAUGACGACCUCUCAGCGGUAGACGCAACCCCAGAACCUGAGCCCACCCCUUCACCUCCAGCCGACAUGGAGGACGAGAAUCCACUCCUGGCUGGUUCUCCUGCCGUUCCUGAGAACGUGAAGCCUAACGUGGAUAGCGGGCCCUCCUUAGCAGCUCCUCCCAUGCCAGGACUGGAGAAGGGUGAUGGGUUAGGCUUAGGUGGCGCCAUGGGGACUGAUGGCUGCAGGCUGGGCUAUGUGCGCUCUGGACCCGGUGUUUGUGUGUCUCAGUGCGACAUUGAACCCAAUUUCUGCUUCAAUGGAGGAGUGUGCACCGUGAUAGCAGGAAUGGGAGCCUUCUGUAGGUGCAAUGUGCAGGACUACAUCUGGAACAAAGGAACGCGCUGUGAUUGGGCGGUCACAGAGUUCCAGGUGAUGUGUGUGGUGGUGGGCGUGGCGUCCCUGGUGCUCAUCCUCCUCUUCAUGAUCAUCGUGUUCUUUGCCAAGAGGCUGCACCGCCUCAAGAACGAGAACAAGCGCCUUCGCAAACGCAGUAAGUACCGCCCACAGAGCACCGAGCCACAGACGGACGGCCUCUCAGUUUCCACAACAGCUGACGGCUCGCAGCCAAAUGUAAGGAAACUGUGUGACACCCCUCCGCCCGCUCCUCAAGCUCACACUCAAAACCUGGCGUACUAUGACAACAUUAUCUGUCAGGAUGACCCUCAGAAGCAGGAGGACCCAGCAAAGUCCCCGCAACCCAAGGAAGAGGGGUCAAUGAACAUCCUCAACUCUCAUUCCCCUAAACACGAGAACAACCGUCCAACCUCUGUCGUCUACGACGAAGCCCACACCCCUAACAACACAGAGGAAAACGCUGAGGAUGGAGUCACUAUUGGCCUGGAAGUACUCCUCCCUAAAGAUGCCAAGCUCCAUGCAGAGACCAACCCACCCCUUCAGUAUGAUGUCUUCCUCUACAAGGUUGCAAACAAUGGACACUCUCCCAUCAAACCCCCUCCCACUCACAACAUCAACUCUUACUCCUCAUCUCAUCCCAUGCCCAAAUCACCAAAAACACCCAAGUCUCCCAAGGUGCCAAAGUCACCCAAACAUGCAAAGGAACACCCACCCAGUAACCGUGAACCCUUGUCCGGGAGGCACUCCUCACCUGGCCGUCACCACUCACCUGGUCGCCACCCAUCACCUUGCCGCCACCCAUCACCCAGUCGCCACUCUGCACCUGGGUGCUAUUCUUCCCCCACCUGCCAUCCAUCCUCUCACCACUCUCCCUCCCAGUACAAAUGCAUGCCCACCUCCUCCUCCACCCCGCCUCCGUUACGUAGGCCGAGAGGCCGGUCACAAGCUCCCGGCUCACAGUGUUCAGGGACUGGCAGAGAGUACCAGAGUGGACACAUUCGUCCAUCCCCCUCCUCUCCUCAUCUCACCCAGCCACCUCCAUCACCAUCCAGGAUGAAGUAUAGCCCGGUCAGCACCCGGUCCCUGCCACCCCUCUCCUGACCACAUCUCCACCCAGCCUGGCAUCCGUACAUUCAAAUGCACAAACAUUUGUCAUAAUCUAAUCUGUCUUGCGAUCUGUCCACCGUGGCUCUAACUUCUUUUAUUAGUGAUUUAUAGAUCAUUGACCCAUCCCAUCUUUCACCCAUCACAACCCUACCUUUCCAUAUUUAUACCCAGAGGACGAGCACACCACCUGGUCUUGGUUCAUGGAGCCAGAAAAACUAGAACUGGGACAACUCUGCAUUCACCACACUGCUUCAAACUCAGACAUGGAUGCACCAAAAUGCACCCAGAAAACACUGCAUAGACACUGCAGCCAAACAUUCACACCGUGGUGUAAAUAACAGCCUCUCAAAGCUCAGGUUACUGCUCACUCAAGCACAAAAUAAACCACUAUGUGAACACACUUUCCUAGCACGGUGUCAACAUCAGCGUCUGCUGAGGAUGCAGUUCAUAAAGGUUUCUUUACUACAUUAGCCUUAGUGCUAUCAAUGGUUUCUAUAAAUCUUUUGCUAUUCAGUGUGUAUGAUUAUUUCAUGUUUUCACAGGCUUUUUUGUAUGUUUUUCAUGUUUCUAAUCCUCAAUAAAUAGUUAAUCCUA